AUGGCACAAGACGAGACAGCUUUCCCUUGGGAAAUCGGGGUCUUCGACGCCCAUUGUCACCCCACCGAUACCAUGGCUUCAAUCGCUGAGAUCCCCCGCAUGAAAGCCACCACUCUCACAGUUAUGGCCACUCGAGGCGAGGAUCAAGAUCUCGUGUUUCAAACCGCAGCGCCAGUAGAAGCAACCAAGUCGGUCACCACCAGCCGAAAAAAAGAGCGCAUACUUCCGUGUUUCGGGUGGCAUCCGUGGUUUUCACAUCAGAUUUUCGAUGACGAGGGAACGCGCAAAGAUGAGGACGAUCCGUUUAUGACCACCCAGCUUAAACAGGCCCAUUAUGAAAAGGUCCUCACGCCAUCUCCAGAUGAUGAGACCUUUAUCUUUGCCUUGCCAGACCCCAAACCGCUGUCACAUCUCAUCUCAGAAACACGGACCCGGUUACUGGCCCAUCCAACUGCCCUCGUCGGUGAGGUCGGGCUGGAUCGCGCUUUUCGACUCCCCAAUGCCUGGACCAAGCAAGAGGUUCAAUCCCGGGAUGCCACCAUGACGCCAGGCUCCCGGGAAGGUAGGUCCCUCUCCCCGUACCGGGUGCAGUUAGACCACCAAAAGACCGUGCUGAGGGCCCAGUUGCAGCUGGCUGGGGAGUUGUCUCGACCGGUCUCUGUUCAUAGUGUACAGGCGCAUGGGGCGGUGUUCGACCUCCUCAAGGAGCUCUGGUCUGGUCAUGAGCGAAAGGUUCUUUCCCGACGGGAGAGGAAACAGCGUGAUGCGGAGAGGAGCCAGAGGGGCGAGGCUGAUGAAGAAGAUGAAGAGAAAGAAGCAUCAUCAAAAACAAACGCAACCCCUUUUCCUUUCCCCUCGAGGAUCUGUAUGCAUUCCUAUUCUGGACCCGUCGAUCCUGUCCGCCAAUUUCUGGACCCAUCGAAUCCUUCUGAUGUCUACUUUUCUUUCUCAAGUUUGAUCAACUUCAGUGGGCCUUCCUCGCAGAAGGUCAUCCAAGUUAUAAAGGCUCUCCCCGAUGACCGGGUACUUAUUGAGAGUGACCUUCACACUGCCGGGAAGCAGAUGGAUGAUCUACUCGAGGAGGUCGCGAGACAGGUUUGUGACGUGCGCGGAUGGGAUUUGAGAAAGGGAGUUCAGCAACUUGCAGAUAAUUGGAGGCGGUUUGUAUAUGGUUCAAGCGAAGUGUUACCCAACGGACAUGAUGUUUUAAACAAACGAUGA